GCUAAAUUGACAGCACUGCCAAGGCUUCUUUGUGUUUGUGUUUGGAAUUCAGUUUUGUUAAGGAGAAAUAUGGCAAACUUUGCUAAGAUCUGUGCCCAGCGUGCUCAACAGGUGCUCCAAGUGGCUGCCAGACAGCCCCAAAUUGCCACCCGUUUCGGUAGUACAGCCUCUACAAGUAACUGGGAAUUCAUCAAGACCGAAGUGCAAGGAGAGAAACAAAAUGUGGCCGUUAUCACUUUGAAUCGGCCCAAGGCAUUAAAUGCCUUGUGCAAUGGAUUGAUGAAGGAAUUGUCCACCGCCUUGAAGCAAUUCGGCAAGGAUAAGAAUAUUGCUGCCAUUGUUCUGACUGGCAGCGAAAAGGCAUUCGCCGCUGGUGCUGAUAUCAAGGAGAUGGCUCCCAAUACCUAUUCCCAGUGCAUUCAGGGCAAUUUCCUCAACGACUGGACUGAGGUGGCACGCACUCAGAAGCCCAUUAUUGCUGCCGUCAAUGGAUAUGCUCUCGGUGGAGGCUGCGAAUUGGCCAUGAUGUGCGAUAUCCUCUAUGCCGGCGAUAAGGCUAAAUUUGGCCAGCCAGAGAUUGCCUUGGGCACCAUUCCCGGAGCUGGUGGCACUCAGCGUUUGACACGUGUCGUUGGCAAAUCAAAGGCCAUGGAAAUGUGCCUCACUGGCAACAUGAUUAAUGCCCAGGAGGCUGAGAAAUUGGGCUUGGCCAGCAAAGUGGUGCCAGCUGAUCAAUUGGUCGCCGAGGCUGUUAAAUUGGCCGAGAAAAUUGGCACUCACUCCAAUUUGAUUGUGCAAUUGUGCAAGGAGGCUGUGAAUACCGCUUAUGAGACAACUCUCCAAGAGGGUCUCAAAUUCGAGCGUCGCACUUUCCAUGCCACUUUCUCAACGGCCGAUCGCAAGGAGGGCAUGAAAGCCUUUGUGGAGAAGCGUCCAGCCAAUUUCACCAAUGAGUAAGGACUACUUCAACUAACUCUUUGUAAAAUAACCACAACUGAUGAUCCAGGAAUGCAUUUAUAUAUACCGAAGUCAAAGUCAAGAAAAACCAAGCCCAAUGUUAUUAAAUAAAUAAAAAAAACAACUAAAUGUUAUAAAUUUUGCAAAAA